CUCCAACCUCCACUUCCUUCCAAAACACAACAAACUCAAACCUCUCCGUCUGAGAAACUCUGGAGCACCAAACAAUCAACUCGCCACUAAAAAUGGGGAGGGAGCGGGACCAUCUCUACAUCACCGUUCCCAACCUCUUCCGCUGCCCCAUCUCCAUGGACGUCAUGCGCUCCCCCGUCAGCCUCUGCACCGGCGUCACCUACGACCGCGCCAGCAUCCAGCACUGGCUCGAAUCCGGCCACGACACCUGCCCCGCCACCAUGCAGAUCCUCCAGUCCAAAGACGUCAUCCCCAACCUCACCCUCCGCCGUCUCAUCAACCUCUGGGCCCAGUCCCACGGCCCUUCCUCGCCGGCCUCCUCUCCCUCUCUCUCCUCCCAGCACCUCGCCUCCCUCGUUCAAUUUCUCCGCAAUGAGAACGAGACUGAGAAAUUCAGCCAAAAUAUCGUAAACUCAUUGUCGAAGACUGCCGAUUUCGCGAGGGUCGGCGAGGAGAACCGGAGGUUUGUGGCGAAUUUCGACGGCUUCGUCUCCGCCAUUGUGGGGAUUCUGAACAGAGAAGGCGUCGAAAUCGAAGUUCUCGAAUCGGUAAUUAAGGUUUUGGAUUCGAUUUUGCCUCAAAGCGGAGUCAACGAGCAAUUGAGCCGAUUUAUUGCGAAGAGCAACGGCAAUUACCUCGCUUCAAUUCGAUUGGUACUGCAGAAAGGAAGCCUGAGCUCGAAGAUCGAAUCCGUCAAGGUUUUGGAUUCGAUCGCGCUCGACGCCGAGUCGAAACGAUUAAUCGCGGAGAAGGAAGGCUUAUUGUCCGUAUUCAACGAUCUGUUGAGCUUGGAAACGUGUCAGGACCUAUACGGCGCCGUUUUCUCAUGCUUAGCAUCAUUGUCCGUGAAUCGGUCGAUUAAAGCCGAGCUCGUCCGGUUCGGACUAGUCCGAGUUGUAACGUCAACGCUGCUAAAGCCGGACACUAGCACUACCCUUGCGGAGAAGUGUUUGAAGCUGUUAUCCACCAUUGCCACGUGCGCCGAGGGCCGGUCGGCGAUCAGCGGGGAGGAGAAGUGCGCGGAGGCGGUGGCGGAGAGGCUGAUGAAGGUGUCGAGGGGGGCGACGGAGGACGGCGUGGCGGUGCUGUGGAGCGUGUGCUGCAUGUUGGGGGACAAGAGGGCGAGGGAGAGCGUGGCGGGAGGAAAUGUGGUGGCGAAGGUGUUGUUGGUGAUGCAGAGUGGGUAUGGAGAGGGGCAUUUUGUGAGGAGGAUGUGUGGGGAUUUGGUCAAAGUUUUGAGUGUUGGGUUAGGGUUGGGGUUGAGGGUAAGGCAACAACUUGGCUGUAGUAGGCAUCUGGUUUGCAAAAAUCCAGCAGAAAACAAUUGUAUGGACAACAAAUUGCGAUGCUCCGAUGCGACUCUCUAACAAUGUAAAGCUGUUUUGAAGUGGUGAAGGAACAAGGGUCAUGGCGCCAGAUAACCGAGUUGUAUCAGCAACCAUUUUUAUGAGCCUGCUGCCUCGGCUUCCAUGCUCGAUUCUGGUAACUUUGUCAUCUACAACUCGGACUCAAAUAUCAUUUGGCAGAGUUUUGAUACUCCAACCGAUACCAUUGUAUCUGGCCAGCGAUUGCUGGCUAGAAAGAAGCUUGUCUCCAGCAUCUCCGACACAAAUCAUGCAAGCGGAAGAUUUAGACCUUCAAUGUAGCGUGAUGGGAACCUAGAGAUGUACCUGGAGUGUCCAAUUAUAUUACAACCUGAUUGAUCGGUAUGCUUACUCAAAUAGUGGGACGUACAGGGCUGGAGACAAUGAGUCACUCAACGUUGAUCACAAUGGACAGUUAUAUCUCCUCAGUUACAAUAUAAGGAACGCUACGAAUCAGAAAGAGCUGUUUGACACACACACGUAUGUACCACAUGAUGAUUGACUUUGAUUGUAUUACUCCAGUUAUACUUCCAUACUAUUUAUAUUUAAUUUUAAA